AUGGCUGAUUCCUUUCCGCCUGCAUCAGCGGUGCCUGAAGCUGGCUUGAAAAUUACUCAUGUAGAAGCACCUCUUACUGCCGAGAAUGAACGCCGGACACGUAAUGGUAAAUUUACUAUUGGACAGUUGCGUCAAACUGAUGGUUUGGUACCACUACAAUCUGGAACCAAUCAGUUCGAUUCACAAAAAGUGUGCCAGUUUUCUCCGUAUUAUUAUGCUUGA